GUCCUUACCCUAUUCAUUUCUCGCGUCAGACACGUUUACAUAAUUACGGGAUUAGCGUCACGUGGGAGAAUAACAAAGAGAAACGUAAAUAGAAUGAAACGAAUAGUGUUUAAUUUAACUGUUCUGACGAGCGCGGGUUUGGGGGGCUGGUGUUUGGGCAAGUUCUCUGAACAAAGGCGAUAUUCGAAAGACAAUGAAACGAAUGUGUUGUCAGCGGCGCGACUUCGGAAUAUGCCGUGUUUGCCUCUAUUCGGCACCGUUUCGGCGGCUACCCCCUUGAUACCUGUUGGAAGUAACCACGACAUGGGCUCCAAAGUGUCUUCGACUUCUACAAGGGUAUCGCAGAUUAUGAAAUUUGGUUUUCCCGGAUUGGAUCAUGUCAGGUCGUAUGAGGAUUUUGUGCUCUCUUAUGACAGGCGAAACAAAGUUGCUCAUUGGGUAUUUGAGCACUUGACCAAGGAGAGAUUGCAGUAUAACAAAGAAGUAGAUCGCUCAAAGUGUGAGUUCAAGCCUGAUGAGAGUAUACAUCCUUUUUUCAGAUCACAGAAUAUGGACUACAAAGGAAGCGGCUAUGAUCGUGGUCAUCUGGCAGCAGCUGGGAAUCAUAGAGUGGACCAGAAACACAUGGGACAAACCUUUUUCCUCACUAAUAUGGCACCGCAAAUCGGAAAAGGCUUCAACAGAGAUUCCUGGAACAGACUGGAGAAAUACGUUCGAAAAUUGACAAAUGUUUACACGGAUGUUUACGUGUGCACAGGACCGUUGUACCUUCCUAAAAGAGAAGCAGAUGGAAAAAAAUAUGUGCGUUAUGAAGUAAUAGGCUCAAAUCAUGUGGCAGUGCCUACACAUUUUUACAAAGUAAUCGUUGGUGAAACCAGCGAUGGCAAACUUGAAAUGGAAGCUUUUGUAAUGCCGAAUACACCGAUUGAUGAUAAUGCGCCACUUACUAAUUUCCAGGUACCACCAGACAGCAUCGAACGCGCUGCCGGACUUUUAUUCUUCGACAAAAUUUCACGAAAUAAAUUAAGCAAAGUGAAUGGCAAGAACACAGGCUGAAUUUGGAGACGACUGCUCCAUUCUCUUUUCUUAUUCGGAUUGUAAAGAGUUUUAUUUUUUGACACAUCAUCACACAUAUGUAUAUUUAA